GUUAGCAAUCGCCUGGUUUCUCUCUCCAUCAUGGCCUCCCCGAACUCCCCAACCGACCGAAACCUUAACCCUAGUUUCCCCCUUCUUCCUCCCCCAACUGAACUCUAGAAUAAGAUCAAGGGGGAGCAGGAUUCACCCCUGGCUCAGUGCUAGAAUUCGAGACGAAUCUAGCGUCCAGAGGCUCUAGAUUUAGGUUUGGAGGGGGUGGGAGGAGAGAGAGAGAGAGAGAGAAGAGGCGGGGGAUUGGCGUUGCGGGAAGCAGCAGGGCACCACCUAGCGUUCAGCAUGAAGGACGCCGAGUCGGCGUCGCUGGUGGCGGUUGCGAUCGACGACGAUAGGAAUAGCCAGCACGCGCUGAAAUGGGCGGCGGACCAUGUCUUGACGCGGGGGCAGAUCUUCUAUCUCCUCCAUGUCCGCCGGAAGAUCCCUAGCAUCCAAACUCCAAUUGGACAGCAGCUUUCAAUAUCAGAAGUGAACGAUGGUGUUGCUUCUUCCUGUCUUGAACGAAUGGACUUUCAAACUAAAGAACUACUUCUUCCUUUUCAAUGUUUCUGCAACAGAAGUGGGCUGCAGUUCAAGGAAGUCAUUUUGGAUGACACUGAUGUACCAAAGGCAAUUGUUGAUUUUAUUGCAGACCGGAUCAUUGACAAACUAAUCUUUGGGGCAUCAUCUAGAAAUGCAUUGAUUAGAUCUUUUAAGCCAGCAGAUGUGCCUACCACUGUUUCUAAGACUGCACCAGAGUUUUGCUCUAUAUAUGUUAUAUCAAAGGGGAAGUUAUCUUCAACUAGGCCUGCUACUCGUCCAAUUACACAACGACCAGCUUGCGAGUUUGAAACUGACAGCGCCAGAAAUCAAUUCCAGUCUAUCAAAAGUGAACCAGAUUCCAGUUACCAUACUGGAGCACCUGCAAGGUUUCAUCCAGCUGCAAUUGGUUAUGGUGGUGAAAAUGGGUCAUUUGAAAGGAGUUUUGAAGCCAGAAUUAGCAAGAAGAUCAGUAGGGAUAGCCAUGCAAGGGGUUGUCUUGACUUUUCAUAUCAGAGUGCAGCUUCAUGUCCCAGCCCAAGUAGGACAAGUAUUGACCAAUCAAACACUUAUGUUCCUCCACAAUUUUGUCUUACUGGGGAACCCCAAUCUUUUAUGUCUAAUGCAAGCAGUGAAUACAGUUUCCAUAGCUUCCAUGAUGAGCAACAGAAAAGCUUGGUGUCAAACAAGAAUACCAGUGCAUAUUGUUCAAGUGGUUCAGGAUCCAGCAGAUAUGAGCGUUCAUCUUGGAUCUUGAAGGAGGAAUCUUCUUCUUUGUCCGACCACUCAGUGGAAGACAUCAAAGCUAAGAUGAGACGACUGAAGUUUGAGCCAAGGCAGAUGAAGGAUAUGUCAGAAGAUACUUGUAAAGAGGCAAAUUAUGGCAAGGCUGAUGGAGCGCUGAGAAUGGAAGAGACAAGGUUGGCCGGAGAUAUGAGACCACAUAUGGCAGAAAAGGAGCAGAACUCUAAGGCGUUGCUUCAAAGGAAUUUUUCAGAUUGUUUUCAUUCAAACAUUCGUUAUAGGAGAUAUACUGUUGAAGAGAUUCAGAAGGCGACAGAUAACUUUUUGGAUGCCUUAAAGAUUGGGGAGGGAGGAUAUGGACCUGUUUACAAAUGUAACCUUGAUCAUACUGUUGUUGCAAUUAAGAUUCUUCGAUCUGAUCCAACUCAAGGAAUGAAACAAUUUCAUCAAGAGAUUGAGGUUUUGAGCUGCAUACGCCAUCCAAAUAUGGUCCUCCUCAUGGGUGCAUGCCCAGAAUAUGGAUGCCUGGUGUAUGAACACAUGGCCAAUGGCAGCCUUGAGGACCGCCUUUUCUGCCAAAACGGCACUCGACCACUCUCUUGGCAGCUGCGUUUCAAGAUUGCAGCAGAAAUAGCUACUGGCCUGCUCUUUCUCCACCAGACUAAGCCCGAGCCUCUUGUCCAUCGUGAUCUCAAGCCUGGCAAUAUCCUCCUUGACCAGAACUUUGUCAGCAAGAUUGCAGAUGUCGGCCUUGCACGCCUUAUUCCUCCUGCUGCAGGCUUAGCUAUUACUCAAUAUUGCAUGACUGCUGCAGCUGGAACUUUUUGUUACAUUGACCCUGAGUACCAGACAACUGGAUUGCUUGGCGUUAAAUCUGAUAUCUAUGCCCUUGGAAUCAUCCUCCUACAGCUGAUCACUGCACAACCACCCAUGGGGCUUGCACAUAUUGUUGAAAAUGCUUUGGAGAACGGAACUCUUGGUGAUCUAUUGGAUCCUAACGUGACAGAUUGGCCGAUGGAGGAGACAGUUAAGCUCGCACAGUUGGCUCUGAAGUGCGCUGAGCUUCGACGCAAAGAUCGUCCAGAUUUAGCUCAUGUCAUAUUACCAGAGCUGAAUCGAUUGCGGGCAGUGGCUGCAUCGGCAGAAGGCUCCUUAAGGUAUCACUGUCAGCCACGUUAUGGAAGCUUCAGGUUACCAUGUUGAAACUGUCCACUCAUCAGUGUCUUUCAAGUCAUGUGAUACAAUGAAAUAGUGUUCUUAUUUUCUUCAUGUAAUUUAGAAAUAUUUUUUCUAUGUACAUGAUUUUUUUCGUUGACAGAGAUUAUUGUCUUCUGUUUAUAUAUAGCAGUUUCUCAAUGACUGAAUGGUGGAGUAAUCUUUCUUUGAAUAAGAAGACAUCACCUCACCAAGCUGUUAAAGUCUUUGAUAGUUGUACGAAGUUGUCUGGGAUUAAACCCUGCUUUCAUCGGCGUAGGGCAACACCACAGGUCUCACACGCUUUUCCACCAAUUUCUGCUUCAAGGUAUUAACUCAAGUGGUUGUAGGUUUGGUUAGGCGACCUCCGCAGUCUUGAGAGCCACUCAACUUACGGGCGACAAUGACAGUCUUCUUGUACUUACGUAUCUAGCUUAAAAGAUAACAACACCAACAACAACAACAAUAAAAAAGAAAAGAAUCGCAUGCUUAUCUGUGUCUGUAUAUGUUUAUAUGCAUAUAGAGAGAGUAAUGCUAGAGUGCUAACAUAGGAUUUGGGACCAAAUCUUUUCAACACUAAACCAAUGGAGCCAUCUCAAAGUUUUAAUCUAUGAUAUUGAUCAUGAUCUAUGAUAUCUAAAUUGCCUAGAAACUAACAAUUAUGUAUAUUAGAGAUUUCUUACCUUUGUAUCAAGUCGAUACAACUUGAUACAAAAUGGACAAUGCUAAUAGUAUGAACCAUACCUUGAUUUGGUUUAUAAUUUCGAAGCAUCUAACUCUAUGGAAGUUCGGCUAGUAUUUGUUUUUAGCUCACUAAUUAUAUUGCUAAAGAAUGUUUCACGCCCACUUGAUGCAUAGGGAAGCAACCUCCAAAAUACUUGAGUUGUGGUUUCUUGGCUAUUUAGACAUUGUAGAUCAAUGUCAACUAUGUGAAUAUUCCUUUUGAAAGGCCUGCCAAUGAUGAUAAACCAUAACACUUGGUGGAAAUCCUUUAAACGAGGGUAAUGUUCUGUUUAGUAGAAGCUCGGUUGGCUUCUAUAAGCUAAAAAUGACUUUUUCAUGUUCCUUAAAUAACCGAUAUGAUGUUUUUCUCCCUUCAAUUAUCUUCAGCUUAUAAAUGAAAACAAUUGAAUAGUUUAAAAUGCAUCAAUAGAGCGGUAUGACAAUUAUUACAUUGUUUUAAAUUUUAAGAGUGAAAUUAACACUGAAAAAGCAAUUUUGUCUAUCAGAUUGCAUAAAUCCUCAUAAAAUUCUGAGUAUGAGUAGGAAUCUAUAGACAGCUAAACAACUAACUACAUAUGAGGGGUAUAUGAGUUCUCAUCUCCACAUGUUCUUUAAUAAAGUUAGAUUUUAUCUUACAGUAUAGCUAUUAGAAGACAUAAACAAAAAUCAGCAUCUCAUUGGCAUUGUUAGAUUACAAGCAGAUAAAUGAAAUCAUGAUUGCAUAUUUAAAGAAAGGAGCGGUUAAUAAAUUAGCAGUUGGAGUGAAAAAGUUAGACCCCAUGUUAUGAGGCAUAUAAAAAAUAGGAAUGCAGCACGACUCAAAACAUAGGUGCCCAUAUAUCCUCCAGAGUGAGGACAUCAAUAGCUGCACUGCCAUUGAAUUGGGAUCAAGAACUAGACAAUUGAGAUCUUUUUAAGUUCCAUUGGGAUCAUUAUGUGCUUUCAGACCAAUGAACAUUUUGCUGGCUCUGUUUUUCAGAGAUUCUAUUAUCGACCAAGAACCUAAACCUGCUAUCUGAAUUUCAUGUUUUAGUAGGAGAUCUCAUCACAGCAUAAGCAAUGGAUCUACAUCCCUGUCAGGCAUACAACAUGGAUUGAAGCACAUAAUAGUCCCAUUUUUUUAUAUGCGUUUUUUUUUAGUAAAAUGGUUGAAACCCACCACAACAUUACAUUGAUAAAUGAAAUGUUUUUUUACAUACAUUUAGUUGCGAGGAGUGCUCACUGAUUUCCCUAGUUUCACAUGCACUGCUGUUAUUCUUAUCGUCUCGCAGCUGUUUUUUAAAGAAUUGGAGAAUUUGCAGGCUCCUUCUAGGGGGGCGGAAGGCAUGGCACUG